AUGCACGGCGACCUGCGCGGCUUCUAUGGCGCGCCCGUGACCUACGCCUUCUCGCUCGCCGUGGGGGCCGCCAGCUCCGCCAGUCUGCUGCUGGACCGCGGCCGCCUGCUGGCGCUGGACCGGGACGCCAUUCUCGCGCGCGCGCAGUACUGGCGCCUGCUCUCGAGCCAGCUCACGUUCCACCAUGGGCUGGCCGUGUCGCUGGGGCUCUACGUCGUGUUCCAGUUCCGGGUGCUGGAGAGGCAGAUGGGCUCGCGCAAGUUCGGCAGCAUUCUCGUGUUCACGCUGCUGAUCUCCGGGGCGCUGCAGCUCGCGGCGCUCACGUCCGCCCCCUGGCUGGCAAAGAUGAUCCCGGGAGGAGCCUACCCCGUCAUCGGAGCCUUUGCGGUCUUCUUCAACAGAUUUAUUCCCAAGAUGUCGCCCCGAUCGCUGAGUGUGGGUGGGUUGCACUUUUCGGACAAGUCGAGCACGUAUUUGCUCAUGCUGGUGAUACUGGCACGUGACUAUCACGCGCUGAUUCCGUUCCUGGGCGGAUCGUUCUUUGGGCUCCUAUUCAGCUCGACGCCACUUGGACGACUACGACUGCCGUCGUUUGUGUGCUCGAUUUUCGGCCUGUUCCACCCGCUGUUCGACGUGGUUCCUGCGAGUACCUUGGCUCUUCAGCGACAGCGGCGUGCGCUCGAAGCUCAGCGUCGAUUGAAUGCGCGGUUUAAUCGGGGCCGCCCUGCUGCGCCGGCUGUGGAAGGACAAGGCUUCCGGGACCAGUUACUGCCGGGCGCAGGGGGCAUGAUGCCUGGUGGCGUUCCUGCUGCAGCCGCCGCGGCGGGAGGCAUACUGCCACCCCAUCUCGCGGCUGCACCACCGUCUGAAGACGCCAUUCAGCAGCUAAUGGCCCUCGGCUUUGAUAGAGAGCGCGCGCUGCAAGCACUUCAGUCCACGGACAACAACGUAGAGGCUGCCGCAAAUCGCCUCCUAAACGGAUUGUAG